CCGGAGCUCGCACUCAAGCGCUUGCCGUGGUGGGCAGCGUCUCUACGGCUAUAAACUCUCCACUAAACUGCUGCUCAACAUUGCGUUGGUGGAAUCAAAUCUGGAAUUGCGCCUACUGCUGCUGAAGCCCCAGAUCCUUGCAAAAGACUCCAGUCGCCGUGGAUUGCCUGCAAAGAGCGGCUCUCCGCAGUCUGCAGCAGGCAGGGUCCGCUCUCGUUCUUUUUCGGGGGCGGGGCCCCUACAGCUCUUUCCCUCGGUCAGCCAGAGAAGGGGGCGUGGUGCCAGCGGAAUUAUCUGCCAAUCAGGGCGCUUCGUUCUCUGCCAACGUCACAAUGCUUAGCGAGCCCUCGAACCUGCAGCAGCAACAAUAACAAUAACAGACGGCAUUGUUUCCUGGGGGGCGACCAGCUGGGCGUGAGUGGUCGCAGGCAGCGGUAGGAGCAGGCAGCAGCUGCCACUGUCAGCCGGUUCAAAGGAGCGAGAAGAAGCCGAGGAACCUAAGGAGGACACAAAAAUAGAAAGACUGCUUCCCAGAAGCAAUGUCAUCGAGCGAGGCACCCGCGGUGCAAGAGGAGAAUUUGCAGGGUUCCUGGGUGGAACUUCACUUCAGCAGCAACGGGAAUGGAAACGCUGCUCCUCCAGCCAGUCAGGAGCAAGUCCCAGCUUCAAUUUCCAUUUACAAUGGGGACAUGGAGAAAAUUCUUCUUGAUGCCCAACAUGAGUCUGGAAGGAGUAGUUCACGAGAGAGCUCACACUGUGACAGCCCUCCUCGGUCCCAAACGCCUCAGGACAUUCUCAGAGCUUCUGAGGUAGAGAGCCGUGGCAGUGGAGAAAAGGCUAGUUCUCAGUCUGAAGAAGAUUUUCUGGAAAGAAGGAAAGAAGUCGAACGGCUUUUGAAGAAGAAUUCUGACUGGUUGUGGGACUGGUCCAGCAGGCCUGAGAACAUUCCACCCAAGGAGUUUCUGUUUAAACACCCUAAGCGCACAGCUACUCUUAGCAUGAGAAACACAAGCGUGAUGAAGAAAGGAGGCAUAUUUUCUGCAGAAUUUUUGAAGGUCUUUCUGCCAUCUCUGCUGCUUUCCCAUAUUCUUGCCGUUGGACUAGGGAUUUAUAUUGGAAGACGAUUGACAACCACACCUUCCAGCAGUUCAUUAUAAGUGGGGGAGAAAUUUCUGUGCCACCGUGGCAACGCCUGCCUGGACGUGCAAUCCCAUGAAGAAAAAGAACUUCUGAGUGUGCAAUAGCUACCUGAUCCUGUACGUUUUUAGUUCUAUAAAUGUUGCUCUCAUGGUUCAAUUGUAGAUGGGGGAGAGGGGUGGAAACCAAAGCCAAACUCUGUGUGAGCCCCCUCCCUUUUUUGCUCAAUUCCACAAUACCAGUUUUAGUUUCAACUUCUGAAGAGAUGCUGGAGAAAUGAAUUUAUUUUUUAUAAGCAAUGGUACCAGUGUGUUUUAGGGGGGAAAAUGAAUGUAAGCUUCACAUAUUCAAGGUUAAGUAGCAAGAAUGUGUGUGGCUGUUCCCUGUACUGUGCAAACGCUUCAUGAGGAUUGCUCUUGGUAGCACUCCCAGUGAACUCUGAGACAGAGUCAGAUGUGACCUUGCCUUACAUUUUAAAAUAAACUCUUUUUGCAUGAUCUGAAGCAGUUUAUCCAUUUGCUUUAAGAUAGAACAGUGAAUCCUGCAUACUUUUAAUACAGGCGUGUAUGAUUGUGAUGGGAUACUUCCCUCUCUCUGUAACUGUUAAUGUGCUCUUCAGCUAUUCAUGACAGUGUACAUAGGCAUGACUUUAGUGUGGUAAGACAAUUUAUAUUCAUGCUGUAACAAACACACACUAUGGCAUGUAGUUGAUAUAGCUUAAAGGGAGUUGUGUUAGACUUCUUUUCUCCCACUUCAGUCUUCUGUACGCUCUGAAAUUCUGAUCCUUAGGAUCAGUAGAUCCCAGGAACAGUGUGAAGGGCAAAAUUGGGAUCCCUGGUAGGAAGAGAAUUGAGAGAAAAUUACUCUUCCCUCAUCCAGUGACAAGUGUCCUGCUGACAGGACUUCCGGUUAUGCUCAUAGAAUGGCAGUUAGGAGCCUAUAUUACCAGUCCAGAUAUUUAAGAAGAAUAGGCAUGGCUGGUCAGAUAAAUGGUCCAUUCAAAGACUUUUUCUGACAAGCUUACAAAUUGGUCAAGUCAUGACAGCAGUUCCCAGCUAUUUGUCUGUGUAUCUGGUAAUCAGACAAGAGACUUCGUCUUAACAUGGAGUUUCUGUUAUUACCAUCGCUACGGCGCCAUUGAUAAAUCUGCCGUCUGUAUCUUUUGAAGACAAAGUUGCUCAAGAGUCUCUCUAAGUGUGCGGUGCAGAUUUGGUGAUAAGGGGAUUUGUCAGAAAGUGAAAUAAAAUUUCACAACCCACUCUGCACAUUUAUAACCCACGCAUCAAAAUGCCAUCUUUCACUCAUCUGUAAAUCCAGCAUGUUGCUUUUUUUUUCCUCAUAAGAGCCUGAUAGACUGAUGCCCUGCAUUUACUGCUGAGCAUUUUCCAUUGAGGUUCAGUGGGACUCAUUGUCAGGUAAUGGUGCGUAAGACUGCGGCCUUGAUUUUAGACCGAGUAAUAAUAAAGGCUGUCAGCUUGAUGGCUUCCUCUCCCCAUCACAGCAUUCAGCUUUAAGUGACCUCAAGUAACUGCUUCCUGGUUAGAAAAAAACCCCAGUGAUGUAUUGCCUGGCAUCCACACACGUUAGUGUUGUGUACUUAUAAUCAUCACCUAAAAGCAAGUUUGCUUUUCUCAUUGGCUUUGGCCUUAUCGUUGGUCAAACAUGUUCUCCCCUUCCCCCGUCCCUGCCAGAACAGAACUGAAAUUAAUAUAGCUGCAUUACUGUGCACAGUGGCAUUUCAUAUCAUCUAGCUGUAUAGGCAGUUUGCAUAACUGGAUUCCACAUACUAUGACUUUUCCACUGUAGGGUACUACUUGAAAAGGUGGGUUGGGGAAUGGAGUGGCGUUAAAGCUCAGUGUCCACUUUGCUUGUGGAAAGUCUCAGGUUCAUUUAUCACUAGCUCGAGUUAAAUGACCCAGAUAAUGGAGAAUGUGAAAGAUUUCUGUCUGAGAACAUGAGGAACUUUUUCUAGUCAGGGUAGACCUAGGUAGAACAGCUUCAUGUGAGGGAAGGGGCAUCAUGUUGAACAGGAAGGUUUUCGGUUGGAAAGGAUUUCCCCAUCUCCUUCUCAUGAAAUAACAGCUACAUUAGUGUGAAAUGUUGCACACAGAGCUUUUUUCUGCAGAAAAGAGAACAUGUAGAGCUUCACAAGUGCAUGGAUAACCACUUGGAUUCCCAGUAUAGUUUUUGCUGGGAUCCAAAGACACCCAUCACUAGUUAAUGAGUUUGGCUCGAGUGCUAAUUUCUGCUGAAGGGAAAGAUAUUUGCCAGCAGGACACAACAUUCUGGCCUCCUAUUGUAAGCAGCUGGAACCCUCUUCCUGCUAAGGGGUAUCAUAAAGGCAGGGGGACCAUAGACUGGCAUAAGAGCAAGACACAGUUCUGCACAAAAUGGAUGUCUCUCAGGUAACUGUCAGUCAUCCCCUGGAACUCUAACCAACUUCCACCCUUUUUUCUUAGCCCUUGUAUGCCUUAUGUGUGUGUUCAUUGCCUAAAAUAUAUUUUUUUGUUUUCAAUAAUGAUUAAUAAUAAAAUGUAAUUUUUAAUUGUACAACUGCCUGUUUGAGAGUUUUCAUCCACGAUUAUCCUGGUAUACACAGGUUAUCGAUCCCAAUUACCCCCUCUAGUUCUCUCUCCACAGCUAAUUCCCCCAAUUAAUGUGGAGACUGUGUACCUAGGGUAAGGCUAUGUCCUUCAAUAGCCUGAAUGAUACCCACAGGUGUUCCAGGGGGACAGGCUACCUAUUGAGAAUAGCUCCAAGGGCAAAUAGGGGAACUGUUGUGAUUCGAAAUGGGCAAAGCUGGAAGUCAACUGCUAAUUCAGUUCAUUAAUUGCAAUCUUUGAGUGCAUGGGUGAAGAAAAACACUCAGGCCCUUUCCACACAUGCAAAAUAAUGCACUUCCAAUCCACUUUGCAGCUGGAUUUUACUCUGCAGCAUAGCAAAAACCACUUGCAUAGCAUACUCUGCAGCAUAGCAAAAUCCAAUUGCAAAUGAUUGUGAAUGUGGAUUGAAACUGCAUUAUUCUGCAUGCGAGGAAGGGGCCUCAGUUUAGUUCUUACUGAUUGCUGUAUGUACACCUGAAAGGAUAAUUUGACCUGUCCUGGCCAAUAUCCUUGAAAUUGGUUUUUCCUCUAUCAGUCACAGAGAGCUGUAAAUACGUACUGCAUUUGUAUGUAACAGUUUGUACUACUACCUUUAAAAAUUGUUAGAAUAGUAUUGAAAAUGGAAAGUUGGAAAAAACCAUCAGAAACUUCAUCCUCUGGAUCUUUAUAAAAUUGACAAGCUGUGAAGCACUUUCUUAUGCUUUGAAUGUAUAUGGCAAGUGAAUUAUAUGAAGAUAAUAAAACAAGUAAACCUC